CUGAACGAUUGCUUCAGCGCUCCCUUAAACGCCUUGAACACUGGUCAAAGAAUAACGGUAUUAUUUUCUCAGAGCAAAAAACGAAAAGCUUGACAUUCACAAAUAAAAGAAGACCACUGCUCCCACGAUUAAGGCUUUAUGGAACCACAUUGGAAAACGUUUCGGAAGUCAAAUACCUGGGACUAAUUUUCGACCGAAAAAUGUCUUGGAAAUCCCACGUUAAUUCGGUAAUUGACAGUUGCAAGUCCUCACUUAACGUUAUCAAAAUGAUUGCUCACCAAGACUGGGGCUCAAGCACUCAAACGUUACUUACUAUCAUCAAUGCCCUUAUAAGAUCAAAAAUUGAAUACAGCCUAAGUAUUUACAACUCCACUACUAACAGAAUGACUAAAAAACUGUUCUCGGUAUAUCAUUAUGGAUUGAGGAUCGCCACGGGAGCCCACCGUACCACCCCAAUAAUGAGCCUAUAUGCUGUCAGCGGACAAAUUCCACUAGAAUACAGAAUCUCCAAGCAGCUACUGAAUUAUACUGUGAGGGUAUUAGGGAACCGAAAUCAUCCCAACCAUGCAGACUUCAGUCAACCAUUAUUUCAGAAUAGCUACCAACUCGCUCCAAGAAUAUCUCCACCCUGUAAUGUAUGGUCCAAAAUACUUCUACAAGAACUUCACUGCAAACCCACAUUAAUCCCACAAUUCUCACUACCCUAUCCGUGGGCUAUUCCUCCACCGCACAUUAACAUCGCAUUGUCUCAAUACCGUAAAGCAGAAACAAAUCCCAAUUGGUAUCAGAUCCUGCUCCGAGAUAUACUCACAAACCACGAAAAAUCUAAGCUGAUUUUUACUGACGGAUCUAAAGAUGCUACAGGUACAGGAGCUGCCUUCAGUUCUGAGAAGCAAAAAGGCCUUUUUAAAUUACCUCCGGAGUCCUCCAUUUAUAGUGCAGAAUUGUAUGCUAUAAAACAAGCACUAAAGUACGUCCUAAAUAGUGAACACGAUACCUACUGCAUACUGACCGAUUGA